CAAACAGGUUAGAUUGUCUCUCAUAACUCAAUAUGUUAUCCUAUAAGAUAUUUCUCAGGCAAUCAGAAACUAAUCCAGAGCCCAUCGUCAAUAAAUAUAAAGGAGAAUUAACUUUCCGGGGAGAUGAAGCCAGAAAAGCCUACGAUGAAAUAAUAACCAGGACUUAUUCGAAAGCUCAAAAAAAAGCGCCAACUAAUUGUCACUCUCAUUAUGAAAAAUCUCACACGUCAGUGGGGAAAAAAAAUGCAAAAUCCACUGGAACGCAGCAAGUGAAAAUUACAGCGAAUGCAGUUUUGAAAUCCAUCGAACAAACUGAUUGGGAUUUCAUGAAGCAAAAUAUAACGAAAGAGAAUGUUAAUGUCAUUGACGAUUAUGGAUGGACGCCACUGAUGUUGGCAGCGUACAAUGGAAACACUGAAAUCGUUGAAUAUUUAUUGACACUCGGUGCAGAUAAAAGUAUGAGAGAAAAAGCUGGACUCGAUGCUGUGCAAUUAGCUCGCAAAAGCCAUCGCAAUCACAUUAUUUCGUUAUUGGAGGGUGGGAAACCUAGAACCACAGAUGGAAAAGAAAAACAUGAAAAUUAUGUAAAGUUAUCCGCAUUCUACUGUUCAGUCUGCAAAACAAAUUUUCGAGAAACGACUGUGAAGGAGCACGAGUCAUCCUUGCUUCAUGUUUUUAACACAAACCCAAAACUGCCGGAUCCUAUUUAUGGUAUACCCAAGGGGAAUAAAGGGUAUCAGAUAAUGGUGAAUAGUGGGUGGGAGGAGUCGAAGGGUCUGGGGCCCUCCGGUAGUGGCUCAAAGUACCCUGUGAAGACCGUUUUAAAACGAGAUCGAGAGGGAUUAGGGAGAAAAAAUGAAGGUAAAUCUAGGGUGACACACUUCAAAAGCAACGAUGUGGCUGCAAUAAGACAUGUUAGGCAAGAACGAUUAAUGAAGGAAAAGAGUUUUAGAAGGAAAAAUAGAGAGGAAUUUCUCAGCAGAGAAGCGAGGAAAGAGCGAGCUCUUAGACGAGCACUCUCUUGAUUUUUUCUGAUGUUGAAAAAAUGAA